AUGGCUACAGGUGAAGUCUAUGCUACCACGUCGGUACCUGGUUCGAAGCUGUGGCGGCCGGACCGCAAGAGCCACCCGAUGCUGGCAACCUCUCCGAACAAGGGGUUGAUGGACAGCAGCAAGAAAUACAGCAAUGGCAGAAGCUCGCUCAGGACGAGCUUAGCCGCGAAAGAGAUCGAAGUAGAGAAUGAGGAACGAAACCUCACGCUGCAAGCUGUUCGAAAGGAGGUGAAGAUGUUGGAAGAUGAGAACGGUCGACUACGUGCCGAAAUGCACGCCAUACAUGACAGAUUGGAAGGAUCACGAAAGCAAGCUGAAAAGAUGCUCGAGAGCUUUCAGCGAUGGAGCUAA